UAAUUUGUUUGUCCACACGACAAUGCCACCAACCAAUCAAGCAUACCUAUUCAUAGACAUAGAUUCUUCUGCUUUUAUGUUUUUUUUUUUUAGAUUCCAAACACAAAAACAUCCUCAAAUUCAUAGAACUUGUUGUUCUUGUUAUCGUCGUUGAAGAUGGAAAGACAAAGUAGUUUGGUUUUAGUGUCAGAUUUUGUUCUAUCUUUCAUGUGGGUAUGGUCUGGUGUUCUCGUUCGAUUAUUCGUCUUCAAAAUUCUUGGAUUUUCUCAUACCCCUAUCGGUGAGAUUGUAAAGAUUUUAUUUUCCAUCCUCAACAUGUUCUUGUUUGCUUUCCUUGCCAAAGUUUCUCGUGGUGGGGUCUACAAUCCUCUCACUGUUUUGGCUGAUGCUAUCUCUCGUGGUGUUCUUAAUUUCCUUUUCUGUGUUGCUUUCAGAAUUCCUGCACAGGUGUUUGGAUCUAUUGUUGGAGUUAAACUUCUUAUUGAUACCAUUCCCGAAGUAGGACAGGGACCGCGUUUGAAUGUUGACAUUCAUCAGGGAGCAUUAACAGAAGGAUUACUAACAUUUGCAAUUGUAAGCAUUUCACUAGGGCUUGCCACAACAAAAAUUUAUGGAAAUUUCUUCAUGAAGACUUGGAUUUCUAGCCUCUCCAAGUUAACACUUCAUAUACUUGGUUCUGAUCUGACCGGUGGUUGUAUGAACCCCGCAGCUGUAAUGGGAUGGGCUUAUGCUCGAGGGGAUCACAUAACAAAGGAACACAUCCUUGUUUACUGGCUUGCCCCUAUAGAGGCAACUAUUUUCGCAGUGUGGACAUUCAAAUUUAUUGUCCGACCUGUUAUAGAACAGAAAGCAGUCUCAAAAACUAAAUCAGAUUGAAAAAAAAUCAUUUUCUGAUAAAAGUUUGAAGCUUGAUUCUAUCUGGCGUUCCAUGAUUAUUUGUGUAGUGUAGGUGGUUGGAUAAAUGUAUUAACAAGCAAAGUGUAUAGUUUCUUAUGAUUGACAUGCUUAAAGAAGCAAAGUGUAUAGUUUCUUAUGGAUAAAUGAUUAUUGGUUAAACAUAAUUUAUAAUAUAAUAUGUCACAAACUCA